AUUAAGUGCUCUCUUGGCCCAUACGUUUUAGCACGUUUUAAACGAAAUCAACAUUUUAGGCUUCGGAGUUUUGUGAGUCGGCUAAAAGGCGAAGAAUAGUAAUUGGUAACCAACCGACACAGGAGUAUAUCAAAUCGAACAUUUUAGUGUUUGAUUCGCUGGCUCUCCUAACGGAAGAACAAUCAACAAGCGUAACUAAGUAGAGUACGAGAACUCCUACAAACCAUCGACGUGGUCGCUCUUAAUACGCACUUAUACCGUAUUGAAAAAUCUAAUUCAGUGAUUUAAGAUAAUUUAUUCUAAAGAAGGUGAAAAUUCUUAUCUGGACAAAAUUUUAUUAACUUAUUUAAAACAAGUGGCAAAUAUAAAAGUUUGUAAAAUUAAUAUUACAAUUGUUAACUAAAUAAACGUAAGAAACAGUUAUUAAUCCAGAAAAGUUAUUAAGCAUAUAUAAGUAUCUCCUUACAUUGCCUUAUAUCUUAAAUACAUUUACAUAGGUUCCAACUUACCAAUCAAAUAUGUGAUUAUUCGGAUUUUCAAAUUACUGCAGCUUUCACAAACUAUAUUAAAUAUUAAGUGCGAUGAAGUUUGAGUGAAAACUGCUCCAAAUAUUGACCGAAUUUGAGAAGUAAUGGAACUUUUAAAAUAAAUAAGAAAUUAUUGACGUUUCGAGUCUAUAAAGAAAGUAUCAGAGUGGAAGCGAAAAACGAAAGCGAAAGAAGGAGUCUGAAGAACAAAAUAAAAAGUUACCUAAAAUAAGUCAGUACUUUAAUAAUCAAGAUAGUAUACAAGAAGAAGUGGCAAUAUCACAGGGCCCGAUAACAGUGAAUAUUUAGAUUCAGAGCAACCACAACCAGAAGUCCGUGGUGCUCCACAACAUUCACCUGUACAAGUUAACUCCAAAGCAUUUUCAGGAUAAGCUGAUCCAUAUAAGAGAUAGAUAAUCUAUGCUCACAACUCUAAGGUUUUAGCUUUGAAAUAUAUAUAGGAGGUGGCAAAUAAUUCGGUCAACCGACGUACUUUUUGGGAUCUCCAGCAGUUACUGUUAUUUGUAUUGACUAAAUAUAGGAAACUAAAGAAAGAUAAUUCCAGACGUAAAAUUAAGCUGCGUUUACUGCCGAAAUAGAUUUUCUUAAGUGUGCCAUCGCGAUGGCUGCUCCAGCAGCCUGUACGCGUUUUUCCGAUAAUUAUGAAAUUAAGGAGGAACUUGGAAAGGGCGCCUUCUCUGUCGUCAAACGUUGUGUUCAAAAAUCAACACAAUUCGAGUUCGCAGCGAAAAUAAUCAACACAAAGAAGCUCACCGCAAGAGAUUUCCAAAAAUUAGAGCGAGAGGCUAGAAUUUGCAGAAAACUACAUCAUCCUAAUAUCGUCAGACUGCACGAUAGCAUACAAGAAGAAAACUAUCAUUAUUUGGUGUUUGAUCUUGUUACUGGUGGUGAGCUGUUUGAAGAUAUUGUUGCGCGUGAAUUUUAUUCAGAGGCUGAUGCAUCGCAUUGCAUUCAACAAAUUUUGGAAUCAGUUAAUCAUUGCCAUCAGAAUGGUGUGGUGCAUCGUGAUCUGAAACCAGAAAAUUUACUAUUAGCUAGUAAAGCUAAGGGUGCAGCUGUUAAACUCGCCGACUUUGGCUUAGCCAUAGAAGUUCAGGGUGACCAUCAGGCAUGGUUCGGUUUUGCUGGCACUCCUGGCUACUUAUCGCCGGAGGUGCUGAAAAAGGAGCCAUAUGGCAAAUCGGUAGAUAUAUGGGCAUGUGGAGUUAUUUUAUAUAUUUUACUAGUCGGUUAUCCACCUUUUUGGGAUGAGGAUCAACAUCGUCUUUAUUCUCAAAUAAAAGCUGGUGCAUAUGAUUAUCCAUCGCCUGAAUGGGAUACCGUAACACCUGAAGCAAAAAACUUGAUAAAUCAAAUGCUAACAGUUAAUCCAAAUAAGAGAAUUACUGCGGCUGAAGCGCUGAAGCAUCCAUGGAUUUGCCAAAGAGAGCGUGUGGCUUCGGUGGUUCAUCGCCAAGAAACUGUGGAUUGUCUCAAAAAAUUCAAUGCUCGGCGUAAACUUAAGGGUGCUAUUCUUACUACAAUGUUAGCAACCAGAAAUUUUUCAAGUAGGAGUAUGAUUACCAAGAAAGGUGAGGGAUCUCAAGUUAAGGAAUCAACAGAUUCCUCAAGUACAACACUAGAGGAUGACGACGUUAAGGAAGAUAAAAAGGGAAUUGUUGAUCGCAGCACAACAGUCAUAUCAAAAGAGCCCGAAGAAAUAAGGAUUGUUUGUCCAGCGAAAUCUUCUCAACAAAUGUCAUCCAAUUCUCAAUGCACAGCAGCAAGACGUCAGGAAAUAAUUAAAAUAACUGAACAACUGAUUGAGGCCAUAAAUAGCGGUGACUUCGAUGGAUACACCAAAAUUUGUGAUCCUCACUUAACUGCAUUUGAGCCUGAAGCUUUAGGCAACCUUGUCGAAGGAAUUGAUUUCCAUAAGUUUUACUUUGAAAACGUACUGGGCAAAAAUUGCAAAGCUAUUAAUACUACUAUUCUGAAUCCUCAUGUCCACUUGCUGGGAGAAGAUGCAGCAUGCAUUGCCUAUGUCCGUCUAACACAAUAUAUAGACAAGCAAGGGCAUGCACACACGCACCAGUCAGAGGAAACACGUGUAUGGCAUAAACGAGAUAAUAAGUGGCAGAAUGUACAUUUUCAUCGUAGCGCGUCCGGAAAAAUUAGCGGUGCAACAACUUUUGAUUUUAUUCAACAAAAGUAGAACAAUGAACGUAUAGCGAAGCUAGUAAGCGCACCACAAAAACUUUUUGAGGCAGAUUAUAUAAAUUAAUUGUGGCGCUUGUUCAAAAAUACCAAACAACUACAAUGUUCUUAAACAAUUUAACUAUAACAACAAUUUUAAUAGUACGAGCCAUAAUGGGAGAAAUUUAAACUAAUAUUGAAUUCAUGAAGCAGUUUGUAUACUUUUUAUUGGAAGAAAUCCAGUAACACUAAUAAUAAAAUCAAAGGUUUUGUAGCAUUGAAAUCCAUUCAUAAUUAAAACAGAUUAUUGUUGUCCAACUGUUUUCAACAUUUUUGGUCUUUGAAUAAAGAGAAUAGUUUAAAUAUAAUAAAUAUACAUAAGAGAAGAUGCCAUAUUAAAGUGCCACACAGUGAAGGCAAAAUUAAAGGAUAUUAUAAUAAAUAUAUAUAAAUGAAAAUGUAAAUUAUGCAAAAUGCAGGUGCUACGAAAGGAUGUUAAUUGUCUUCAUCUUAGAAAUUUUGCAAAAAAUAGCACAUGAAAAAAGAGAAGAAUUGGAAUUAUUAUAAAUAGUUAUGAAUUAAAAAAGUGAAAUAGAUAAUGCAAGAAAUAAUAAAUUUAUUAAAAACAAAGUGCGCAUAAUGCACGUUGUGCGCAAAUUAUUAUAUACUUUUUUAAACUGUUUGUUAUUUAAAAAAAGCGAAACUAUAACAAUGAGUUUUAUCAAGAUUUUAUGCAACAGCUCUUUAAGUAUUUAACGAUAAUCUCUUAUAUACAUAUGCAUCUAAUAUACUUGCGACUCUAUUAUUUCUGAUUUUAGGUUACGUUUGUACAUUGAAUUUGUCUACUACAUGAAAUUCUACCAGAGUUUAAUUUUCUAAUAAAGAAAUUAAUUGAAAAUUUAACAUUAUUACUGUGUGUGAAAACAUACAAAAAAGGGGAUAAAGAGAGUCACUAAAGAUAAUUAGGUUAAAGAGUUUUGAAUACUAAAUUCUUAAACAGCACAACUAAUUAAUUAAAUCUCACAAAGCAAUCUUAAUUGCUAAAAAAAUAAUUCUACAAUUCGUCACAAUAUUUCUCCCCGAAUGGAAAUAAAAUAAUGCUUAGCCAAAAGGUGGAAAGGUGCAAAGCAAGUAUACUAAUAGCAUUGACAGACGGAAGCGUUAAUCCGGAUUAGCUGUAUUCAUCCGGAUUAAUUUAACGCCUAUUUAAUCCUCAAAAUUAUAAAAACUGGUCAAUUUUAAUCUAUUGUAAAUGAAAAACAAGCCACACUGAUUUUCAAAUUUUCAAUAAUAAAACGAGAAGUUUUAUGUUAUAGUGUUAUUUUAUGAUGUAGUUUUCAAAAUAACAUGUUUGAUAUGUUUAUGUAAUAAAAAUGGUUUUGGCCAUUGGGCGGUUAACAACGGCAAUGUUUAUCUUCUAUCCAUUUUCAUUGAAAAUAUUACAAAAAUUACUAUCAGCUGUUUACGAGAGUUUAAAACUUUCAUAGCUGCUGUCUGUCAUCUCCAAAUUUGGAUAUGAUUAAUUGCGCAGUUCCAGCAAAAUAUUUAAUUAUCUAUUAAAAAAGCGUUUGUGUUGUGAAGUUUAAAAUUGUGUUGUAAACGAAAAGUAUAUCACUCGAAAUAAUUGAAAUUACAUGUGAAAGUAUCAAUAGUGUUUACCAGUUGAAGAUAGUCUGUAGAAACUCACAUUUCACCACAUAUGCACACGAUAACAUAAAAAGUUAUGUGUAUUUUAAAGAAAGUCAAUAAUUGUUGAGAUUGCAUUAUUUCUUCGAAUAAAACAAAGUAAUAUACAGCACAUCCCUUGGGUGGGGUUUUUUUCUUACAAAACUGAUUACUGAUUAAAUUUCAAUUUAAAUAAAUAUUUCAGAACAUUGUGUGAAAAAAACUAGCACACGAUUUAUGGAACUUAAAUUUUUUUUUCUAGUUAUAUACUAUACGAAUAUUUAAAUGAUAUUAGUAAUAGGUAUGUCCUACGUUUUCUUGGCUAACCUUAUAGUUUUGAAACUUUUUUCAAUAUUUUCAUUGUAAUAAAUACGUUCCAGUGGAUUUCAAUGCUAAUUAUAAUCUUUACUUUAACUAAAUCGAGUCUUUAGGUCUGGCUGCUUUAAAAACUUCUGCCUUUAUUUACCAUUUAAUGGCAACCUUUUCUUGUCUUACCUCUCUAGUAAAUCGUUACAAUUAUGUGAUUGCCACCAUCAAUAAAUAAUAUGUGUAGUUAGAGACAUGAAAAAAUUACAACUUAAUUUUUUUUAACAAUAAAUAAUAUAAUUUUAAUAAGUAAAAUCAAAGCAUUAUUAAAUAAAGUUUUGACUUGACUUGACAGUAUUUUCAAAGAUAUAUUCUUCUUCUUCUUAAUUGGCGUAGACACCGCUUACGCGAUUAUAGCCGAGUUAACAACCGCACGCCAGUCGUUUCUUCUUUUCGCAACGUGGCGCCAAUUGGAUAUUCCAAGCGAAGCCAGGUCCUUCUCCACUUGGUCCUUCCAACGGAGUGGAGGUCUUCACCUUCCACUGCUUCCCGCGGCGAGUACUGCGUCGAAUACUUUCAGAGCUGGAGUGUUUUCGUCCAUCCGGACAACAUGACCUAGCCAGCGUAGCCGCUGUCUUUUAAUUCGCUGAACUAUGUCAAUGUCGUCGUAUAUCUCGUACAGCUCAUCGUUCCAUCGAAUGCGACAUUCGCCGUGGCCAACGCGCAAAGGACCAUAAAUCUUUCGCAGAACUUUUCUCUCGAAAACUCGCAACGUCGACUCAUCCGUUGUUGACAUCGUCCAAGCCUCUGCACCAUAUAGUAGGACGGGAAUUAUGAGCGACUUAUAGAGUUUGGUUUUUGUUCGUCGAGAGAGGACUUUACUAUUCAAUUGCCUACUCAGUCCGAAAUAGCACCUGUUGGCAAGAGUAAUCCUGCGUUGGAUUUCCAGGCUGACAUUGUUGGUGGUGUUAAUACUGGUUCCUAAAUAGACGAAAUUAUCUACAACUUCAAAGUUAUGACUGUCAACAGUGACGUGGGAGCCAAGUCGCGAGUGCGACGACUGUUUGUUUGAUGACAGGAGAUAUUUCGUCUUGCCCUCGUUCACUGCCAGACCCAUUUCUUUUGCUUCCUUGUCCAGUCUGGAGAAAGCAGAACUAACGGCGCGGGUGUUGAGGCCGAUGAUAUCAAUAUCAUCGGCAUACGCCAGCAGUUGUACACUCUUAUAGAAGAUGGUACCUUCUCUGUUGAGUUCUGCAGCUCGAACUAUUUUCUCCAGAAGCAGGUUGAAAAAGUCGCACGAUAGGGAAUCGCCUUGUCUGAAACCUCGUUUGGUAUCGAACGGCUCGGAGAGGUCCUUCCCGAUUCUGUCGGAGCUUUUCGUGUAGCUCAACGUCAGCUUACACAGCCGUAUUAGCUUUGCGGGGAUACCAAAUUCAGACAUCGCGGCAUACAGGCAGCUCCUUUUCGUGCUGUCGAAAGCAGCUUUGAAAUCGACGAAUAGGUGGUGAGUGUCGAUUCUCCUUUCACGGGUCUUUUCCAAAAUUUGGCGCAUGGUGAAUAUCUGGUCGGUUGUUGAUUUACCAGGUCUGAAGCCACACUGAUAAGGUCCAAUCAGUUUAUUGACGGUGGGCUUUAAUCUUUCACACAAUACGCUCGAUAGAACCUUGUACGCGAUGUUGAGGAGGCUAAUCCCACGGUAGUUGGCGCAGAUUGUGGGGUCUCCUUUUUUAUGGAUUGGGCAGAGCACACUUAAAUUCCAAUCGUUGGGCAUACUUUCGUCCGACCAUAUUUUGCAAAGAAGCUGAUGCAUGCACCUUAUCAGCUCUUCGCCACCGUGUUUGAAUAGCUCGGCCGGCAAUCCAUCGGCCCCUGCCGCUUUGUUGUUUUUCAGGCGGGCAAUUGCUAUUCGAACUUCUUCUUGGUCGGCCAAUGGAACGUCUGCUCCAUCGUCAUCGAUUGGGGUAUCGGGUUCGCCUUCUCCUGGUGUUGUGCGUUCACUGCCAUUCAGCAGGCUGGAGAAGUAUUCCCUCCAUAAUUUAAGUAUGCUCUGGGCAUCGGUGGCUAGAUCACCUUGGGGGGUUCUACAGGAGUAUGCUCCGGUCUUGAAACCUUCUGUAAGCCGCCGCAUCUUUUCGUAGAAUUUUCGAGCAUUACCCCUGUCGGCCAGCUUAUCCAGCUGUUCGUACUCACGCAUUUCGGCCUCUUUCUUCUUCUGUCUGCAAAUGCGUCUCGCUUCACUCUUCAACUCUCGGUAUCUAUCCCAUCCCGCACGUGUUGUGGUCGAUAGUAACGUUGCGAGGUAGGCAGCCUGUUUUCUCUCCGCUGCGACACGGCACUCGUCGUCGUACCAGCUGUUCUGUUGCACUUUCCGAAAACCAAUGGUUUCGGUUGCAGCUGUACGUAAGGAGUUUGAAAUGUCGUCCCACAGUUCCCUUAUACCGAGUUGUUGACGAGUGCUCUUUGAGAGCAGGAGUGCAAGCCGAGUAGAGAAUCGUUCGGCUAUAUGUUGUGAUUGCAGCUUCUCGACGUCGAACCUUCCUUGUGUUUGUUGGCGUGCGUUUUUUGCUGCACAGAGGCGGGUGCGAAUCUUAGCUGCAACAAGAUAGUGGUCCGAGUCGAUGUUAGGACCUCGGAGCGCACGCACAUCUAAAACACUGGAGACGUGUCUUCCGUCUAUCACAACAUGUUCGAUCUGGUUGGUAGUUUUUCGAUCCGGAGACAGCCAGGUAGCUUGAUGUAUAAUCUUAUGCUGGAAUCUAGUACUACAGAUAACCAUAUUUCGGGCCCCGGCGAAGUCGAUCAGCCUCAACCCAUUUGGGGAAGUUUCCUAGUGGAGGCUGAAUUUACCGACCGUAGUACCAAAGAUACCUUUUUGGCCACCCUGGCGUUGAAGUCGCCAAGCACGAUUUUUACAUCGUGACGGGGCAUCUCGCAUAUGUGCGCUCCAAGCGCUCAUAAAAGGCAUCUUUGGUCACAUCGUUCUUCUCUUCCGUCGGGGCGUGGGCGCAAAUAAGCGAUAUGUUGAAGAACCUCGCUUGGAUGCGGAUUGUGGCUAGACGUUCAUUCACCGCAGUGAAUGAUAGUACUCGGCGACGGAGUCUCUCUCCCACCACGAAUCCCACACCAAACCUGCGCUCCUUUAUAUGGCCACUGUAGUAAAUGUCACAAGGACCUACUCGUCUCUGUCCUUGUCCCGUCCAUCGCAUUUCUGGGACGGCGGUGAUGUCAGCCUUUGUUUUCACGAGGACAUCAACCAGCUGGGCAGUGGCACCUUCCCAGUUAAGGGACCGGACAUUCCAGGUGCAUGCCCUCAAUUCGUAGUCCUUAUUUCGUUUGCCAUGGUCGUCAUCAAAAGGGGGGUUUCUCAUCCGAGGCUGGUUAUUACUAUUCACUGGGGGGGUUUUUUUACGUGGCGGGUCCCAAACCCAGCGCACAACCCUAUGCAGGGGAUGUUUCGCCUUCUCAUGUUAGCUCGCCUUCAAACGGAUGUUCUUAGGCUACCCAGAGGAUACUUGGUCAAAGACCGGAAGUCGUGAGCUGCUUGAGUCACAUGUAAAAGAAUCGUUUCUGGCCACUCCCAAGUGAAUGGCAAUCAGAGAACUUUCCUCACUUGCGUGAACUUCUACACAUGACUCCAUCCUCCAUCCUCCAGAUAUAUAAAAAUGAAAAAUUUUAAAAGUUAUGGCUGUUUGUGUUGAUCCAUUUCGAACUGAAGCUCCAUGCGGUGACUAUGACUAACCCUUGAAGAAGCAUCUUAAAUCAAUAGCACAAAAAAAUAACCUGUUAAAAAACAUAGUUUUAAGAAAUAUACAUUUGAAGUUUUACGCUCAGUUCCAUAGCGCCCAAGGGCCCUUUCCUAAUUAUGGAAUAACUAGCAAUCUAUUUGUCGGACUUACUUAAAAUUUUAACAAAAUAUUUUUUAGAAUAUUUGUACUGAAGAUCGACUUUUUGAAAAUUCUUGGCUAUUCUUAAUAUCUCUAACCCCAUGAAGCAACCAUACCUAGGCCAUACAGCAUUAUAAAUCCUAUUGAAACUUCUAUUACUAGCAAAACUAUAUUUAACUGUCUAAAUGGGAUUAUUCGCGCCUUCAUGAAAAAUCAGCCAUUUCCUAACCUGACAUAACUUGUAGCCAUAUUUAGUGGUUUAGCAUUGCUAAUGCGUGCAGCAAAGGAUCUUAAAUUUUACUGCGUUUAAAUUACAAAUGAUGGAGCAAAAAUAGAAUUUGUGUCUACAUUUAUGAUAAAACCAAAACUAACUUUGCUAUUAUCAGUCUCGUUUAGAUGUUUUGCUAAUGAAUAUGUGUACAGGGGUGCAGCAAUGAGUACAUGUUUCUUCCUCGUAUAUACGAGUAUGUGAUAAUUUAAACAAAGCUAAUUAAAGUGUUGUUUCAUUUGAAAUCAUGUUCAAUUCUCACAAAACUGUAUAAUAAUACUUUCUCUUCACGAUUAACCACAAAUUUUCUAUCAGAUUAAGAUCCAUAAAUAUAUGUUGGCCACUACAACAAAUAAAUACUGUGUGCGAUUUUGGUAUGUGCUUGAAAUCGCCAUCCUUCUGUGUAUUCCAUUUUAAUAUACUAAAAAGGUUAUAUUAAGUUUGUCACGAAAUUUAUAACAUCCAGAAUGAAACUUUGGAGACUCUAUAAAAAAUAUGUAUAUACUAUAUAAAUGGUGAGCGUUAUAAAUUGAGCUGAUGUAGCGUAUAGCGGUCAUAAAAACUGAACGAUGCAGUUGUAUGAACAACUUUUUAUAAUAUAUUUCACUAAAUACUUCAUGAAAGUAGGUAUGGAUUAUUAAAACAUUUUAGCACUUUGAGCCAUAUGCUUGAAAAUUUCGCAAAAUCAGCGAUUUUGAAAAUUUGCAGUUCAUUAGGUAAGGGACCAGACACAUACCUCGUGAUACAAAUAUUUUGUCAAAUUUCACUUUUUUGUUAAAGCUAUUGAAGGUUGAUAUUUAGAGCAUGAUAAAAUUGGAAAACUAUUUUCUCAUAAACUACUAGAGAUAAAACGAUAAAAUUUUGUGAAGUCAAAGAAAAAUGUUCGUGCUGUAUUAUAUUUAUUUUUCCACGACCAUUUGUUUAAAUAAUAAUAAUUUAUAUAAUUUUUUGUUAAACAAUUCAAAUUUUUAAUGUGUUCUUCACGCUAAAAAAAUUAAAAGUAUGUGGCACAACGCGGGAAAUGUUUACUUUUAAUAAUCUGCAAAAUUUUUGUUCAUUCAAAACUUCCGACAUUGGUGCCGCAAGAAAAGCAUGAAAUCUAAUAGGAAAUUAUAAUCAAUAGCUCCAUCAGAUUACUUGUUAAAUAAAUUAUUGUCUAUUAUUAUGUAGAUAUAGACGAAUGUGUGAACAUACUGAAAAAGAAUAAUGUAUAAUUAAAUCUUUUUGUAUUUUUAUUUAUAUGAAAAAAUUUGCAAUUGCAAUUAAAACACACGACAAUUCCAUUAUUUCCAUCGAUUCAAUGAUCAACAAGAUGAUUCCAAGUAAAACUUUUUCAAAUAAUAUCAAGUGGGGAAAAUAUUAUAUGUUAUGAAAAAUGGGCAUCAUAGUUAUUAUUGUAGUCAGAGUCAAAAUAUACUUAGAAGAUAACUAAAAUAAAAAUAUGUACUCAGAUGUUUUUUUGUCACAGUCAGUCUAAUAGGUAUAUGACAAAGCAUUCGACAUUGGAAGUACUAGUUAGGUUUUAUGUAAAACAAAACAGACCACAAAAAGUUAAAAUGAAGCUACUCUUACAAUUUAUCAGCCUUUAGGAAUCAAUGAAUAUUAAAUUAAGGCGCACAACCAGAAAUCUAUGUUAUUAUCACCAAUCGCAUUUUACAACUUCGAACAAAGACGGAAUACCAAAUGUUAAAAUAUUAAAAACUUUCCAUUAUUAGGCAAAUUUCAAUAGUAAAGGUUGAAAUUUGUAUAAAUAGAUAACACGACUCUAAAAAAAUUGUUCGUUCUUUGUCCUAAAGUUUAUUUUAUGAUUUUCUGAUUAAUUAUAAACAAAAACGAUAAGAAAAUACCUUUUUUCCAUAUAAAGUUUGCUUUUUAAAAGGUAUAGUAAUAAUACUAUACAUAUAAUAUAUUAUACAUAAUUAUACUAUCGUUAAAGCAGUUUCCUAAAUAAAAAAGCAAACUUUUUCAUGGUCAAAUUUUGUGUUGACCCGUGUAAUUGUUUCCAUGCAAGCACCUGGUUCCGAUUGUUCAGCUUGUAUGGCAGCCAUAUGCUAUAAGGCGAAAAAAACUGGUGAAAAAUUUAAGAUCUAUAUCUGAAAAACAGAGGGACUAAGUCGUACAUAUAUAUACAGACAGACAUUCGGACAUGGCUAAAUCGACUCAGCUCAUCAUGCUGAUCAUUUAUAUAUAUGUAUUUUAUAGGAUCUCCGACGUUUCCUUCUGUUUGUUACAAACACUGCUGCAAACUUCUUAAACUAUAUUAAUUGUUAAAAUAUAAAACCUUUAAAUGUGUGAGCGUGCCGGCGACUACUGCUUUAGAGUCUAGAGUAUUGAGGAUGAUGCCUCUGUGCGAGGUCUAGUUCAUAAUGGUAGAACACGAAGCCAAUUCGAAAACAAUAUUCUUUUGAUUCUUAAUUAUAUACUUGAAUUAAUUAUUUUUUACUCCAAAAUUCAAGAUAAAAAAUGUGCUUUUAAUUUGUUUUAUUUUUUAUUUUUUAUUCAGCUUUGGGGAAUAAACUUUUUUAUAUUUUGGACAAAAAAUUGAUUUUCAAUUAAGAUUUUCGGGAUUACUAAAUAAACGAAAGAAUUUACUUUGAUUGGUACACACUUCAGAAUAAUUUUUUUCUAUUACUUUUAAUUGUUAAUUAUCCUAUAUAUUAUGUGGCAGUAAUAAUGUAAUCUUCUAAUAUUUGAAGUUUUUUAUUUGGUGCAAUUGCAGAUUUUUUACGCAAAUUGGAACGAAAGGGUUUUUGUUACUUGCGAUGGAAAUUUUUUAUUGAGAACCUAAUACAAUACAUAUUUUAAUCUUUGUACGAUUGAGCUUCCAUAACUCGCACUCUUGAAUUGACAGUAGAAGCCAAAUCUUUAUAUAUAUAAAUCUUCUGACCGUGUGUUUGUAAUUGAACUGUUCCCAAACGUCUGGACCGAUUUUGAUGAAAUUUUUUGUGUGUUUUAAGGAGAUUCGAGGAUGGUUUAGAUUCACAAUUUGGUCCACUGGAAAAUGUUUUAUUAAGUUAAUUUUUCAUUUGUAAUUAAUUGCUAAUUUUGAAAUGUUUUACAUUGGAUCCGAUAGAUUACGCUACCAUCGCAGUAUCCAAUAUUCAAACCUUAAAUUGCCGUAAACGUGCAGUAAACAAAACGAUGCCAAAGUAAAAGGCGACAUCUGUAGACAAGUUUUCAUAAUGUGGACAGAGGUGUUCGUUCUUAACCUUCAAGCGGGCGCGCGGUCAUUUGUAACGGGAGCGGGCGCGCGUAACCGAAAAGACGUUUGAGAUGAAUAAAAGAAAUAAAGCACAAAUUAUUCAGUAAUUAUUUAUUUAUUUUUACUUAGAUAUAUUAUCAUUGUCCUUAAAGUCUAUUUUGUCAAAAAAAGUAAUUACAAUUAUUAAAAAUGUAAGUAAUAAAUUGGGUGAUUCAAUACAUCUAUGGGUAGAUAUAACAUUUUUUUCAUACCUGCUAACUAUUGGAGGGGGUAUCUUGACAGGCAAUUUAAAAUUGCAAAAGAUCUGGCAUAAAAAAAGCGGCAUAACUGAAGUGUUUAUAAAAAGGUUUAUUCAAAUUUGGGAUAUACAGAAAUAUUUUCAAACAUUGCACAGAGUAAUGCAAUAUUUGAACGGGAACGACGAAGUACAUAUGUAUGUAUAUGCGUACAAUUUCAAACUGAAAAAUAAUAAAAUUACUUAAUAUUGGGAAUGGUAGAAUAGAACUGCAAUCAAAUGCAAUGAAUUAAAUAUACCACGGGUAUCCCAGAAGACUGACCCCAUAACCUUGCCAGCUGAUUUUUUUGUCUUUCCACGCUUGAGAACCGUUUCUUAAUAUACCACUAGUCUGACAAUCGAUUGGACUCGAUUGAUUUCACUGAUGUACAGCCCAAAUUCAAUAGUAUUUUUUCCCCAAAACCCAAUUCUUUCUUAACGCACGAAAUGCUUUUUGAUUAUUUUUUUUGUAAACUAACACAAGUUGCCUCACCAAAAAUGCGAUUAUUCCUUAACUAAUACUUAUAAUCUAACUAACCUCCUAAUUAGUAGUACUACCUAUGUAUCAGCCACCCGCCCACGGGUCCUCUAGUUUCAUAUAAAAUUCUCUCCAUAAUUCAAAGUCUGUCUUAUCCGAAGUUUUUUUUUAGGAUUAUGGUGAUUCGGGUUAGGAAAGUCUUUGUAUAUUAAUUUUUCCGGAUAUAUUAGGCUUGCUUCUCCAGAGAUGGUUUUACUUGAGACCACACUUGCCAAUAUUCCAAGUUUUCUCAAAGUUUUCAAUUUUCUGUUGAUUGGUACAUAGCCAAUUUACAGUUACACUGUCCAUUUCAAAAAAAUACUAUUAAGAGGUCCAUUAAAAAAAAUGCAAGGUGCGUUCCAAAGUAAACAGGACUUAAAAAAACAGAACAAAUGGUUAUUUCGGCAAAAUCAAUUUCUUUUAUUCAAAAUAGUCUCCUUCUGCUUCAACACUGGUUUUUGCACGGUCCAAAAACAUGUCGAACGAGUGUUUUAGCUCGUUGGCUGGUAUGGCUGCCAGUAUGCCGGUGCAAGACUUUUGAAUGGCCUCUACGUCUGCAUAACGCUAUUCUUUCAUAGGCAAAUGCAUUUUUCCGAAAAGGAAGAAAUCGCACGGUGUCAUAUCAAGUGAUCAGGAGGGAGUGGUUAAUGGUUAAAAUGUGAUUUUUGGUCAAAUAAUCGUCCUUCGAAUGUUGGAUUCCUUCCUACCACACACCUUUCGUAAGACCAAAUGUUCGAUCAAAAUGCGAAAAAUCGAUGUUUAAUUCCAUUUCCAUGAAUUUCAAUGAUAAUUUCGGUUGAUUUUUGACGAAUUCGCGCACAGUUUCGAUGGAAUUUCCGGUGAUCACGGAUUGAUUGGCCCACAUGUUGAUCGUCAUUUAUGUCCUCACGACCACUUUGAAAACGUUGAAACCACUCGUGCACUCUGCUAUGGGAUAGGCAAUCAUGGCAAUAAACUUGUUUCAUUAAUUGAAACGUUUCGAUACAAAUUUUACUCAUUUUAAAACAAAAUUUAAUGUCGGCUUUUUGUUCGAAGCUCAUUUUCGCACCGAUAACACAAACGUACUAGGGCAAUUCAGAAUCUGGCGCAAAUGGUCUUGCAUCUUUGCAAUUGCAAAUUAGCGAGCAUAUUUUUGCUUGUACACUAACAAAAUAUAAAGCGAUGCACCUGCAACACCCUUGCAAAUAAGCAACACUAAAACGCCAUUGUAUUAUUUGCAACACUGGUUUGUAAAUUAUCAGCUGCUGUCAAAAAUAAAAAUAUUGUAAACAAAAAGAAGAAAUGGAGAAUUUUUUUUAAAUUUUAUAAAUUAAAAAUCAAGAAAUUUUAAAUUUGUGCUAUAUGCCGCAUAAAAAUAUUUCUUACGUUCAAUGUCCAUAAUUUCUUCUGCAGCUUCAUCAAAUAAAGCGUCAGUCAAUUUUUCCCUAAAACUUUUUUUCGGCAUAUUUUCCAAUUUGAGCGAAAAGUUUGGUAUGCAAACAAUGUUUUUCUUCACCGAUCAGCUGUAAAUUAAUGGUCUUUGCAAGGGUUGCACAAAAACCUACUUCACUUCCAAUCGAUGAAAUGUCAUGAAGUUCUCAUUAGAUAGUAGAUUCUAACACACCAGUCGACAUAUAGAUGGCGGCACCAGGGGGCACUAGAUUCAAAAAGUCCUGUUUACUAUGGAACCCAUCUUGUAUUAUAGACAGGUCUGUCAAACUUUCUGUUGAUUGGUACACAGCCAAAUUAACACUUACACUGUCUAUUUAAAAAAAAUACUAUAAAGAGGGUGCAUUUUUAAGUUGUUUCGAUUUCCGAAAAUAUAUAGACGGAAAAAAAUCAUUCAAAAAUUUUUAUUAAAAAACAAUUACCUAAACUAUUUUACUUUUAAUCUGAGAGUGGACAGAGUCGAAUGUUUGAACAAAACAAUUCAAAACUGGUGCAAUAACAGUUCCUUGCUACAGUUAAAACAUACGUACUUGUAUAAUAUGUACAUCAGCCAUCUCUUACAAUAUAUUAUAUUUGGGAAAUAUGUCAAUAUUUAUGUGUAAUCAAAAACAUGUAGUAGACAAAACCAAUAAAUCAAUAACAACAUAGUUCACUUUGAUUUAGAUAUGAUAAGUGGAAAGGAUCUCUAAUAACAAAAAUUAAAGGAGUAUAAAGAAGAGGAGGAGUUGUAAAUGUGAAAUUGAAAAUGAAGAAUACCAAUGUAAAUGACAACAAUUUAGUUAAUGUACAUAACAAAAGAACUGUAAAACAUAAUACAUACAAAUAUUGAGAUUAUCUGAAGAAAUCUAAAAGCUUAAAAAUUAAAGUAAGCUUUCUCAAGCUUAUCGCUUACACAUUUCAUUGGAAACACGCUCGCCAUAUUAUCCAAAUAAAAACCAAUUUUAUAUCCUUUACUAUGUUAGAUGAACUUGAACGAAUUAUGAAAACAUUUUGUUUUAGCUAUAACACUUACUAUUGUAUAUGUUUAUUUGGUAUAAUGCUAACCUAGACUAAUUAAAGAAGAAUAAUAUGCCCAUCAGUUAUUCUGCAGUUCAAGAUCAGCAGGUUCCGAAGAAUAUAGUGUGUAAGUUUCAACCACCAUUAAUUAAUGGACUUACGUAGCAAACCGAAGAAUAUACGCAUGAGCAAGUGAAGCGAAGUAUUUAAUUGCGUCACAUCCGAGUAUGCACUUGAAUAGGUUUAAAUGAAACUUCUUUUUCUUUAGCAAGCCAGUCCUUGGGUGGACCAUUACUUCGCAAAGUUUAAAUGAAACAAGGCUAUUAUUAAUGAAAGGCUACAAGCAAUCUAAAGGUGGUUGCUAUUCUUGGAGUUGGUGUACUCGCAACAUGCACUUUGUCGCAUAAAUUUAAAAAAAAUGCAACAUGAUCAAAUAUCCGCGUGUUAGUUGCGUAAACGAAGGGGUUCAUCGCACAAGAGCUUGCAACAUAAAUUAUACAUAUGUAUAUGUACAUAUGUUCAACUCAACCAUCAAAGUUAUGUUAUGUAUUUUUUACAUACCAAAAACAAUUACAUAUAUGUGCAUUGUUUCUGCCUUUAAAGUUUUCUUCUAUAUACAUAUUAAUGUAUACAUGUAUAAUGUAUUCAUAAUAAAUGCACUUGUUUCAUCCGUUAGCUAACCAAAUUAAAGUUAUGAAUCUUUCAUAUAUAUGUAGAUAUAAGUAAAAUACAUAUGACUAUUUUAAAAGAUAAAGAACGAUUACUAAACUAUUACCAACUUUUCUAUAUAAUUUAUUUAUUAAUUUUAUAUUGAAAAACUGCAAUAUAAUAUAACUAAUACUGUCUUAAGUAUAAUCUUAAUAUUGCAAGAACCUUUUAGUGCACAAAUAACUCCUGAUAAUUAUAGUACGGUACAUUCGAAUGCGAUUUUAUAUAACAAUUUCAUAUUACUAAUCAUCUUACAAUCUGUGCAAAAUAAAAUAUCGUUUUAUGUUUAGGAAAUUUGACGACACAUCGUAUCGUAUUCCUCUUCUCUUUAGUUAGGGCUUGCUAAGUUUAUCAUAACGACUAUUUUUCUUAGUAAAUCUAUUUUUUGCAUGAUAUUUCUAAUACAGUGACAUCUUCUAUUUGUUUGGCUAUAGCUGCAUUCAAACUACGUAAUAGGUCUCAUUCGAGACACUUUUGAAAUGCUCUCACUUCGUGGCACCUCUUCCCGUUGCAUCCUUUAUAUUUUUUAUCCAUUGUAAGUCGCAAAGAAAUCCAAAAAUUUCUGCUGCAUACACUUCCAGGAUUAUACUACACAUGUUUUCCAACACAUUCCCUCAAAGAACGUAUCUUUUUCUUUUCUCGCCGGAAAAAUCGGGCUCCAAAUCAAGCCGGGUCUAUACUAAUAGUUGGGUAACAGGUGAAUUUAAUUUUUCGCUGAAAAUAAAAAUUGUCGGAAUGUAUUUUAUUACAAUAUAUUUAAGUGAAUAUAUUAAUUAAUAUAUAGUGUAAAAUUAGUAAAUACCACUUUACUUACGGGGCAUCUCGACAGGCAAAAAUUUAUUGUAUACUAACCAGAGAACGCACUUAUAUUUGUAGAGAAGGUUCAACAGCGGACAAGCGUGUGAACUGUCAAAAGCUAACAAAAUGUACAUUAAUCGGACAUUUUAUCAUUCAAAACUUACAUAUAUGCACAUGUAUCAUGACCAUAUGUGUUUAUGUUCGCUUUCGCGAAUUCAAAUCAUAUUAUCACUUAUCAAUAAUAUAACAUGUGCGCGCUGCUCAUACAGAGAACUUAAAAGUAUAGAGAGACACUUAUAUGUAAAUAUGUAUAUUUGUAUACACUUCCCUCGCUUCAUUCAUAUAAACAGACGCCGUAACAUCUCCCCGAGCAUGCCUUUGCCUACAAGCGUCUUUUCGCGACGAUGGCAAAAGCUAAAAAUCAUAAAUUGAACAACUUUCUGAUGCUUCUUCACAGAAAGAAGUCAGAAAAGUGGCAACAAUGGAGUUGUCGAUUUAUAAUAUUCAAUUCUAAAAUAUUUUUCCGUAGCUCGCAAAAAUCAGCGUCGUUAUGUUUGCAAGUUCAUACAUAUGCAUUCAUAUUUACGCUAGUUCGUAGGCGAAGCUGUUGCAGCGGCAAGGGAAGCGGUAACAAUCGGCGAUCGUUUGUUAGUUUCUUUCGCGUCUCGUCGCGUCAAUGCUUCGACAGAUUGAUGUGCUGAACACAUAGAACGCGACAGACUGCAAGCGCCAUCUGAAUCUGAUAUUGAAAUAUACACAUUCUUAAGGACACAGUUAUUUAGACAGCUGCACAACUACAUAACUGUGUCCAUAAGAACGUGUGUAUUUUAAUAUUUGACAGAUGUCGCUUGCAGUCUGCCCCGCUCUAUGUGUUCCGGGCGUGACUCUUUGAGUUUCGGCCAUUGAUUGUCCGUGACAAUGGAGAUGCGAAAGAUGCGUGCGACACUUGUUAUUAUGAAUGUAUGUACAUACAUAUGUACAUAUGUGGCUCGCAUUUGCUUUCGUAAACAUACAAAUGUGCCAAAGAAAUAAUAUAUAUACAUACAUAUGUGUAUGCCAUAGAAAUUCUAUUGGUACAAAUAUGGAAAUGAUCACAAAAUAAUGCGAAUAUGCAUAUUUCAUGAAGGUCAUCAAUUCUCUUUGAAGAAAUGAAGUUCAUUUUGCACAUCUGCACUUUGUAAUAGUCGAAAUAAAUAUUAAUUUAUUUAAAAAUUAAAAAAUAAAAAUAAAGAGAAAUAAAAUUAAAAUAAUUUUUCAUAAUUUUUCCCGAUUUACAUAUGUAUACAUAUGGGCAAAUGUGUGACCGCUUGGUCUUUUAACAUGAUAUCAAAACGAUUAAUGACCAAAGCAAAUAUAUACUAUACAUAUUUAUGUAUAUAUGUAAAUAUAUGUCGUAUCAAACCUAAGUAUAUAAAAUGCAUAUUUAGGUAAUAAUAGAAAUCUUAUUGAGUUAUAUACAUAUUUGCAAAGUUUUUAUUGAAUUCAUCAUAAAAUAGGUAAAUUUUAAUAUAACUAUGUACAUACUUGUGUACUUAGUAUAUUUGAUACCAAAUAUAUACGGAUCAUAAUUAUAUAAAUUAUAUGCCGAGUCGGUUGCGCAUAGGAAAUAAACGUAUCUGUAGGCAUAAAUUUGUUUACAUUGGAAUUAGCGUUAUGUUUCUCAUUUAACACUGAAAAUGCAAUUCUGCUAUUUUCGUGGUGAAAAUCGCUUAUAAUUUGUCUGUGGUGAAACUGGACCAUCGCGACGGAGUCUUUUUGCGAUCUCCGCGCCGUGAACCUUCUCUAUGAUAGACGUUCUCUGCUAUAAAUAUACGUUCUCUGUACUACCUGUAUUGCUGUGCAUAUUGCCUGUGGAGACUCUACAUAUAUUGCCUUUGGAAUACAAUAUUUUGAAUACUAAUUAGUAUGCCAUAUAUUCAGAAUGAACUUUCACUUCAGCAGUUUGACAGCGCAGAUUUCAUUUCUAUCAAAAUUUCGAAGAGGCAACAUACCCCAUUUACAUAUACAUAUACUGAUGGCAUUUUCGUUUCGGUAAUAUUGAAUUUAGUAGAGCGAGUAUUAAGACGGUUCUGUUAUAUUAUAGAAAUAAAGGACAUUUUCAAAAUAAUUUAAUAUACAAUAUAUUUCCAAAAAAUUAAUUUUUCGUUUAAUAUUGUUAAUUUGCGGAGAAAUUAUACAAAAUAUAUUGACGAAUGAGCAAAGUCUUACAUUUAAUAAACUUAUGCAGGGAUAAAUCAAAACUCAUUGCUUAUAUUAAAUUUAUUAUUUUAAUUGGUAUAUAACAUUUAUGCUACAAUUAUUGUAGUCCGAAAAUAUGAAAUCCUUUUUUAAUAAAUAUCUUUGCAGAAAACAGUAUAUUUCUCUUUUUUUACUUUCAAUAUAAAUUUUUUUCAUCCAUAUAAAAAUUUAAACAGUUCAAGAGCUCAAAACAUACGGUACAUCGGCUCGGACCUACCUACCUGACGCCUUUUCGCAAAUAAUAAUGCUUUGAUAACAAAUACCCACAUAAGAUAAAUAAUCGAGGAUUGCGCCGCGACCUAGGGUCUAUUGUGCCCUCUCCCUACUCACAGCGUCUCAACCAGCCCCAACAAAUGGAUGAAUUCCAAUAUAUUGAAAUGCCCACAUACAGAUUUGGCAAUGGCAAUGGCAAUAUAUUUGACAGUUAGUAUGCAAUAAACUUUAGCCUGUCGAGAUGCCCCGUUACCUAUUUUCUUCCAUUAUUGGCCCGCAGUACACAAAUUCUUUAUGCACAAUGACGACAUUUGGCACGUAUCAAAUGUCAAAUUUUUUAUCGCUAGAACGUCUGACAUUUGCCCGUGUUGCCAAGGACAGCAGUUUAACAAUUAAUUAUGCUGUGUAGUCGACGCUUCGUUGUUGAUACUAUUCUGAUGUGUUGCCUGUUUUGCCAAAAAAAUAUUCUGAUAUGAAGCAAAACGAAACUUCAUCAAAUUAUCGAUAAAAUUAAGUGAAGUUUUUUAUUAAUUAAUAAAAAAAAGAAGUCUCAUGUGUCGAUUGCCUGGCGCGUUUGCCUUCGCAACUGAAAUUCUACGAGUCACCUUCGCUCUCUUUCCAUGUAGGACGUCCAAAGGAGACUGAAUUGAGAGCCGACUCCCAUAACUUCAACAAAUUCAUCAAAAUACAUACUCACCGUUCCUUCCUGUUAAUUUGUUCCGCUCUUUUGUCCGCUUGUAUAAAGCCAAUUUAUUUAGUUCUUUGGAUUAAAUAUUUUAAAACUACAACUUCGGGAUUCAUGGGAUCUAGCAAUUUACAACAAAUAAAUAUUUCUUCUUUAUGCCGACUGGAAAUUCAGCCUACAUACAUAAAUAGAAAGAUAUUCAAAUCUAAAAACAAAAUUUUUGCUCUUAUGGACUCAACCUUGGUAUUGUGCUAGAAAUUAUGAAAGUAGAUGAAUACCUAUUGAAUGGAAAACUGGAUCGAACCACGUCAAGUGGUCCAUGAAAAAUUCGCAAAAUCACGGAUUUUGAAAAUUAGCAGUUCAUUAUGAACGGGAUAAGACGCAUACCCCGUGAAAUAAAUAUUUCGUAUAAAUUCUAUUUCUUUUAAGUUAUUGAAGGUUGAAAGUUAUGCUCUUUAAAAUUGUAAAAUUAUUUUCUCAUAAACUACUAGACAUAAAUCGAUGAAAUUUUGUGAAGUCAAAGAAAAAUGUUCGUGCUACAUUAUAAACAAGUGUGUGCCACAACGUGGAAAAUAUUCACCUUUUACAAAACUUUUUACUUAGUUUCAUAGAUAGACCUAAGGUGAAUAUUUUCCGCGUUGUGUCACAUUCUUUCCAGUUUAUUUUUUAGCGUGAAGAACACGUGAAAAUUUUCAAUUGUUUAACAAAAAAUUAUAUAAAAUAUUAUUAUUUAACAAAUGGAUCGUAAAAAGAUAUCUAUCAUGUAACACGAACAUUUUUCUUUGACUUCACAAAAAUUCAUCGAUUUGUUUCUAGUAGUUUAUGAGAAAAUAAUUUUAAAAUGUUAUAGUGCACUAAAUUUUAACCUUCAAUAACUUUUUCAAAAAAUUGAAUUUUGACGAAAAAUUUAUAUCACGGGGGACCACUUGACGUGGGUUCAAGAAUGAUAGAAUACAAGAUUACGACGACCGCCAUUACGAAACGUCAUAGUUCCGUGUUGAGAAGAACAAGAGUGAAAAACUGUCAAAUGGCUUGCAAAUUGUAAACAGAAAAGUAAACACUUUUGUAAAUUCGCAAAAUAUUAUUAAUUCUUUCGAUUUUAAUGAAAAGUUUUAGUGAAGCGAUUGAAUAUUGUUGAGUGAAAAGAUUUGAAUCAUUUCUAAAGAAAUAUAUAGGCCUAUUGAUAAUAAAAUUGUCUAUUAAGUUGUGAUUCAAAUGGAGAAGACGUUUCUUGUGUUGUAUAUAAAUAUAUACAUAUAUUAUAAGUUCAGAUGUAUGAAAUUAUGAUAAAAGAAUUGUGAAAUUAUAUUGAAGAUAUAUUUGUAACAUAUUUUUAACCUAUCGUCAACUAAUUCCAAAUAAAGUGAAUGAUUAAAUCAAUUGUGUUUAUGAUAUUUCAGUCUUUCUUUCAGAUAUUUAUAUUAGUAAUAAUUCUAAUAUAAAUAUGAUAAUAAAUUAACUUAAUCUAUAAAACUAAAAAAAUUAAUAUAUUUAUGCUUAGAAAUUUAAAUAAAUACAACAGUACACUUUCACUGGUUUUCUUCAUUUGAACAAUUUCCACACAUGCUACUCUAUUUAUUGCGGAUGUGCCUAAAACUACUUAUAUCUUUUCUCGCAACAAUAUUCUAAACAUUCCACUGAAAUUUUUCCUGCAAAGACGAAUGAUUAAUAUUAUUUUGGGAAUUUCCAAAAGUGUUUACUUUUCUGUUUACAAUUUGUAUGCAUUUCUAUGCUUGUUCUUCUCAACGCAAAACUGUUACGUCACGAAAUUAUUGCAUAAUGUAUUUGUUUUUGUAAGAAUUGUCACGAGCUAAACCGAAAAAAACUAACGGUAAACUAGUGUCGUAAUCUUAUAUUCUAUCAUUCUUGCGUGGGUUGACCCAAAUAUAAGGUUAUAUGAAUCAAUGCAUUUUGUAAGUCUCCAUUUAUUUAGCUUCUUUAACGCUUGACGACAUGUUACUAUUUUUUUUAGUAUAAUAAUGUCUAAUAUAAAAUUCAUUCCCUUUUUCUUUUCUUGGAGCAACGAAAUACACAUUGAACCGUCAGUAAGAAAUAGCUUUUAAAAUUUAUGUUAGUACAUACAAUACAUUUGUCAUUAAGCUUUCGAAAUUGUUAAAUUCAUUAUAUUACAAAUAGCUAUCUCCGAUAAUGUUUUUUUAUACUUAUAUAAAUUUUCUAAAGGAUGUGGAAAUUAAUAUUCAUACAUACUUAACAUACACAUACAUAUGUAAGUGAACAAACAAAUGACACUAUAAUAAAUGGUUAAACAAUCAUAGAAACGCAUAUAAUACAUAAUUAGGAUAGAUUUUGAAUAACCGGACAAAUUAAAAAAAUAAUAUUUGUAGCAAAGAAAAAUAAGAAACCUAAAUGGAAAUAUUUCUGUAAUAUUAAUAAAAAUAAUAAAUUUAUUUGUACUUUUGAAAUUAAACUAUAACGUACCAUAAAAUCUCAAUCGAUAACUCGCACUAUAGUUAAAAACUAAAAACAAUAUGCAUACAUACAUAUACUAGUACAUAUAUACAUGAACUAAAAAAUAAAGUAGAUUGUAUUCAAAAUUAUAUAAAAAUCAAUACUAAAUACAAUUUUCAACAAACUUUAGAAUACUAAAUACUAAAAGAAUAUAAAAAUUUUACAUGUACAUAAGGGUGUACAAUAUUUUUUUAAACUAGCUCUUUAUUUUCAAUUUAAACCGUGCUUAAUCAUUAUUUCUUUUAAAAUUAAAAAAUCUACAAACAAGUCAUAUAAAUUAAAACUCUUUUAACUUCAGAUAUGAACCAAGAAUUCACGUUUAUUUUUCCGAAAUACUAUUGUAAUAUAGCGAUCUUUGCUUCGUUAUUAAGAUUGUAUUUGACAUUUAUAUAACAUUAGAUUUUUUGAUAUUUUGCAUCAAGCAAGUAAAUUUACAAUUUUGAAAAAAUAUAUUUUAUUACAGAAUUUUCUACUCUACAAAAGGUCUGAAUGGUUUUUCAUUACAACAUUAAUUUAAAUGUUAUACGCGGAUAAAGUUUUACAUCCAAUGAACUAAGCAUUCAUGCAAGUGACUUAUGUAUACCUAGUCUCUGCUAUUCAUACGGCAUUGUGUACUACUUGAAUAUGUGUUGUACAUUUGAUGCAUAGCUUUAACAGCGUAUAACUUUUUGUGAAAAAUAUCAUGAACUCAUUUAAAUGAUUCAGAAUGAAAAAUUUUGUAUAAGAAUAUCAUUUUUUCAAAGUAGUAGAUAUAUGUAUAUAUUUGCUUAAAAACAUAGCCAAUUUUGUCGCAAUUAAUAUUUGUAUAGAAGUUGAUUUUUUAAUCCGUUUAUUCUUUUUUACAGCUCUUAUGACUAUUUUUUUUUUACAACUUUGUUUAUCCACGGUGGGAAGGGCUAUAAUUUUGCCGUGAGUUUCGAUUAUUUUUUCGGAAAACUCAAGAGCUUCUAAAUUGUCCAAAAGAAUUUCUACUUCUUGCAUUUUAAACUGGGUACUGCAGGCUCAAGAAUCACCACCUUAAUAUGGUGUUACCGGUUCUCCGAAGUGGACCCGGACAUUUCCAAACACUUGAUUCGAAGCUGUAGACGCAAGGCGUUCUUGGUUCUAAAUGUAUAUCCGAAGAGGGAUCACAUCGCCUCAAUAGCACCCAGCUGCAUAUUGGAAUUUAUCAUAGUAUAGGAAGAGCCCAAUAGGCCUUAGGUCUAUCUAUGGAAUUAAAUAAAAAGUUUUGUGAUUACUUCUGGUAAAAAUUCAUGUUUGGCGAAUUGAGGAACAUAAGUAACAAUAAAUAGCGAAGAACUUAUGGAUAUAUUUCAAAAAUUAGCUUUUUUCCCGAAGGGCAGUAACAGAAAAAAAUAGAGCACGUUCAGAAUGGGAGGGUAAAUACAAAAUAUACGUGAACAUUUUUCGGGUAAAAACUGUAAAUACUCUGUCAAAGAAUUAAAAUAAAAACAAUUCUAUAGUAUUGAGUAGUAGCUAUUUUUUGACAUUUUGACGUGAUAUAGUAAAAUAAACUCAAAGCCGGAUUUUUAUGCGUAAAUCAAAUUCUAGUAUACGAGUACGGUUGAAUAGCGGCUAAUAAUAUGGGUCCACCUCCAUACAUUAAUAUGGUAUUGCAGUUUGUACUACCCAGCACACAUAAUUAAUUUAAAAUAUAUUUGUACUUUGUGUAAGUUGCUUUCAUUUUGGUUAUUGGACGAUUUUUCUAGAAAAUGUAAUACAAUUUUUGAUAAGAACAAGUAUCCAUUAAAGUUUUCAAAACAAACGCUUGAUAGUAAGGUAAUAAUAUAAGAAUGAUAAAUAGUAAAUUGCACAAUGAUAGGCCACAUUUUGGAAUACUUAUAAAAAACAUCUAUACAAAUGCAAACGUUAAAUUCAGCUAAAAUAACUAAAAUACAAAACAAAAAAAAACAUAUUAUAUUCAAUAACUUAAAAAAAUGCUACAAAAUUCAAGUUCAUAUUUUCCUUACACUAUUCUUACCAAAAACUUAAAUUUAAUUACUUAUUAAAAAUUAAUGUAUACUAUAAGAAGUUUAAGCAAAACCAUGCAAAACAAACAUGCACUGCAAAAACAUUAUGAAACUUAUCAAAGUGUUGUGUUUGAUGUAUAACAAAAAAUAAAGUCAAUAAUAAAAUACUAAAAUCAAACAAAAA